AAGCACAAACGCAAGAACCUCAAUUGAUAAAAUCUAUAAAUGAAUGCUUGUUCAACGAAGUGUGCUCCGGGUUGAACUACUGCAACUUCCCUGUUCUUUUAAAGGUCGCGUUUGAAAAAUCAGAACAACGGCAAGAGAUUCAAGAGAUUUUGGAUGAAUUCAAAACCUUGACUAUUGACUUGCAAGAUAAACUAUACACUAUUGGAAUUAGCCAAUCCAAGCCGGAGUUUGAACAGUUGCUUUAUAAAUUGUACAAACAACACAUUGAAUAUGAUUUGGACUAUUCGAAAUUUGUGUCCCACCCCGGGAUUUUAUUUAUUAAAAAUAUGUCGAGCUGCUUGAUGUUUGAUGAAGGAGUUGAUUCACUUACCAUUGCCAGUGGGUCACCUGAGGCUGCCAAGAACAAGUUGUUUGACUUUUUGAUGGAAAACUGUCAUUUCAAGAGUGUCAAGGAGGUCAGGAUAUUCAACCAAGAUAAUGGCCAGAACUCGUUUGCUAUUGUCAAGUUUGAUAAUUAUUUAGAUGUGGAUAUCUUGAUUGAGGACUUCAACAAGCACACCCCCAACCCAUUCAAUACCAAUCCUACCGUUCCGAUGUUUUUGAAUAGGUACCUUAAUCGAAGAGAACGGUUCACUCCUAACAACUCGUUGGUGCAGCAUAAUAUUAAUACCAAUGCCAACACUACCAACUGCAUAAAGUCUUUGAAUCAAGAGAAUUUCAAUUUGAUUGUCGUGGAAAACUUGUCAAACUUUCUUCCUGCAACUUUCUCCAGCGUUGAAUUUUACCAAUUGAUUUCCAAGUUUAAAUGCUUUGGCAAUGUGAUUGAAAUGAUUUACUUUCCAAUCAUGGAUUGUUGCAAGGAUAAAUGGUUAAAGGAGGAAAACUUUGCCAACAAGGAGGAAAUCCAAUUGAAGUGCUUUGACUAUGGGUUCAUCAAGUUUAAAACCAAUCCAAACAUUAUGGACAAUACCCUUCGGAUAUUGUAUUAUUUGAAUAAGUUAACCUGGGAUGAGUUUAUCAAGUUUGAUACCUACAAUCUUAGUCCUUUGUCAAAGGAUGAAGAUGAAGAAGACCAAGAAAUUAAAGGUAAAGGCAACACUGUCCUGAUUACUAUUGCUCAACACAAGCAUAACCAUUAUUUAUACACCAAUGCCAAUAACUUUUACUUAUCCAUGGGCAAGAACUCUAUGGUUUCCAUCAGCUACCCUAACCCAAUGUAUGUCUUGACCCAGUAUGCUAGAAAUUUGAAUUACCAAGAAACAAAUAUUUACGUGAAUAACUUACCCGUUGUAUUCAACAACGAUGAUGAAGUAUGGGAACAAUUUUGGAAACAAUUUGGUGACAUUAAAUCAGCCAAGAUUAUAAAACCCCAAUUUUACCAUCACGAAGAAGAGAAUGCUAGUAAGUCAGGAAAAAUUGGGUUUAUCUUUUACAAGACGUUUAAACAAGCCAUCCGAGCAGUAUUAUUGACCAACAAUCGAGUUGUGAAUAUCGACAAGUUUAACCCAAUUUUAAUUCAAUCUUCAUUUGCUAUUCAAAAGUCAAAAUCAGCCAGUGGUAAAGCCAGCGAUGUCACCAUGUUGCCUAACCCAACUCCACUCAUGAUGCAAAAUUACGCCUUGCCUAAACAUCCACAACAACGUCAAAACAGUGCUCCAGGUGUACCAACCCAACUGCUGACCGCUUCUAAUGCUGCGUCGGCUAACACUAGUAUUCCUCGUCGUCAUUCUCAACCACCACUGCAACAGAGUUCUGAAUAUUACAAUUCAUACGCAGCCUACCAACAGAUGAUGCCUUAUGCUUACUAUGGUUACCCCAACCCAUACAUGGUUUGUCCACCAUACUAGGCUUGUUUUCUGCCCACCCCCCCC